GAAUGACAAGACGGAUUCAACAUCAACACCACAAGCGGGGAUAGAGUUGAAAGGACACGCCUGCUAAACAAAAGAAAGGACACGUCUACCACUGCAACUAAUUAAUGACAGAAGAGAAACGAAGCAAAGAAUAUCCGGCACGUCCGCACAUUUAAAGCUGGACCCUCGUUCCAAAGAGGCCCACCAGGGGUGCCCCUACACUCCAUCCAUCCAUCCAGACGACAACAAGACUGGGAACGGAUUCGGUGUUCUCUCAGUGGUCAGAUGCUUGCAAAAUUGCAGUUUAUGUUUCUGCAGAGGCAAUAGCGAGUGCUUAGGACUCGUUGUUAUCUCAGUGCAGUAGGGUCAAGUGUACAAAAACCGUGCGCCUUUUCCUGCCGCUCCAAAUUAUCAACAGAGUACAGUUUGUUUCGAGGGCUGCAAUAUCCGCAUCCUUUUUGCUCAUAGUGAAAUAAUUUGGCUAAUUAAAUCAUGGCUGGUUGUUUUGAGAACAUUCAGUUCAACCGUCCGGAAUGGAUGGACUUCAGCGAAAAAAGGAAUGCAAUUGCGUCGAUCGUCGCUGGUGCACUGGUGUUUACUGGCUGGUGGAUAAUAAUUGAUGUGGCUGCACAUUAUCCCAGCAAUAACGACUUCAACCAUGCCUUUCAUGUCUGUGGUGUCAUGAGCACAUUGUCUCUCUUAAUGAUAAACGCUGUAUCAAAUGGUCAAAUCCGCGGUGACUCGUAUACUGAUGGAUGCAUGGGUCAGAGAGGUGCCCGUACAUGGCUCUUUUUGGGAUUCGUGCUGGGGUUUGGAUCACUGAUCGCAUCGUGUUGGAUUCUCUUUGCGGAUUAUGUCAUUCAGGGCCGUUUCGUAGAACGAACUAUGCUCAGAGACCCAAAGUUCACGCCUGUCAAAACGCCGAGCAGGGAUGUACAAUGGCCUGGAAUUGGCAUCUUUCUACAGAAUUCAUUCAUUUUCCUCGGUGCACUUGUUUUCAAGUUUGGAAGAACAGAAGAUCUUUGGGGUUAAGGAUAUCUACUCCUUCGUAAUGUAAAUUGUACUUAACUGCUUCUGUCAGCCCUAGCAUGGGGUGUGACACAAUUGCACCACACACACAUCUGUAGGAUGUUGCAUGGCAGUCUUUGUAAAUAGCUAUAUUCUACAAUGACGUUGCAGUUCAUCUCACUACAUUUGCUGUCGUCCCUGCUAUUUAUGGACAAAGUACGCAAACUUCUAACGAGUGCAUUACUUGCUGUAUGUUUCGUGUAAUACAGAUUUAGCUGCACGGUUGUUAAAAUAUUUUUUAGUUGUGUCGCGAGUUAUCAGUUAUACGCUUACGAUCUCUUUGUUCUCUUUGUUUUGUGAUGCUUGCGUAGUGUGUAUUUAUUAUUGUGUCCUACUUUUUCGCUAGGCAUCCCGCUGUGCUUUUGCACAGGACAUAAUAAAGUGUACCUACUAACAGGGAAAA